UCACCGUGCCAGGUUUGACCGUUCAAGAUUGGGAAAGAAGUUCAAGAUUGGAAAAGAAAGUAGGUCUAUUACCCUACGGUUCUUACCCAAAGCACCCAGAAAAAGAAACCUAGUUUAGGGUCUGCCACUCAACGACAAUGGCGGGCUCGGAGGGCAGAGAAGAAGAGCAGCAGCAGCAGCAGCUCCAAUUGUUCAGCGUGGGCUCAGAAGUAGAAGUGAGGACCGACGAGGAAGGGUUCAAAGGCGCAUUGUUCAGAGCCACCAUUGUCACAAGCCCCACAAACUCCGCCUCAAAGAAGAGGAAAAGAGCGUUGGUCGAGUACAAGAACUUGGUCACGGAAGACGGGUCUAAGCAGCUCAAGGAGUACGUCGAUUUGGAGCACCUGAGGCCCACGCCGCCGCAGCUCGCUGACCGGAAUUUUGAGGAGGGAGAUGUGGUGGAUGCGGAUUACAGAGAUGGGUGGUGGACUGGGGUCGUAGGGAAGGUUGUCGAGAACAAUUCCAAGUACACCGUCGUCUUCGACAAUCCUCCGGAUUUGAUCGAAUUUCAGAAAGAACGUCUCAGAUUGCAUCAAGAUUGGAAUAAUGGCGAAUGGGUUCGGCCCAAUAAGCAGGAAGUAUUGGCUGCUUCAGAUACUCCACAAGAAUUAGAGCAUGUGUUGCCUGUUCAAAAAGAUUCUAACAAUCUUGAAGUGGCUACUAAACUAGAAAAUUUGAGUGCUGCAGAGGAGAAUCCUGAAUCAACCAAUUCAGGGAAGAAAAUGGAGCAGCCAAGUUAUCCACGAAGCAUCAAGGACAAAAAGAUGUUAGCCCGCAAUGGUAGUGCUACAGACUCGCGUCCGGUUAAAAAGUUGAAGGACGACAAGGCAGCCGAGCCCAUAUUAUCCAUUACAGCACGUCAAUUGAGGAAAACGCCUGACAAUAAAGAAAUGCCCCAGGAAUUACCUCAACUGAGCACAGGAGUUAGGGGAACAAGACGCACACGGAAACCUGUUGUACGCCAUCAGUUUAUUAAAACAGAGAGCCUGCUGGGGAAAAAUAAUGUUAAGAAUAAGCAAGAGAAUGACGGUGAAGUGAAUAGCCAGUGGAUUCAUCCCGUAGCAAGUAAAGGAAGGCGCACAAAAUCUCAAACUGGAAGUCGAUUGAUCUCAGAAGCAGGGUAUGUCUGUGCACUGCCUAGCCAAAAGAGAGAGAAAGAAAAGGAUAAGGAAGCAUCUGCAAGUGUUUCUUUGGCUGGACAAAAUGUUCAGAAUGAGGGUAAUAUUAAAGAAACUGAAGUGCCUCAAACUAUCGGGUCAACAACUAAGGGCAAGGAAGUUUCACUGGCUGAAAAACCGACUCAGCUACCUGAUCAAGAGUUGCAAGUGAAAGAUCUGAAAAAGAGUGUAAAUGAUCCUGCAGAACCAGCUCAGCUACCUGAUCAAGAGUUGCAAGUGAAAGAUCAGAAGAAGAGUGCAAAUGAUCCUGCAAAUGAAAAUAGCAUGGUUAUGUCAGCUGAACUUGGCAGCGAUUCAAUUUUGGCUAACCUGCUCCGUACCCUGGUUACUUUUCCAGACAUGGUGUUUAAGCAGCAACCAGCUGGAGGAAGUAGUCAUAAAAGAAAGAGAGGCAGGCCUCGAAAGUUAGCGGUCGUAAGGUCGCGAGCUUCAGACGGAGUUAAGGGGCAGAAUAUUUCAGGAAAUGUUGCUGACAAAAAUGAUAAGAAUGAUCAGAUGCCUGAUGAAGCUACUUUGCAUGUGCCGAGGGGGACGGAUUCUACAGCUGCAAAAGAUGCCUCUAAACGAAAAACAGCCGAUUUUCCUGGAAGGUGCAAAAUAAAAGAAGCUGCACCGAUAGCAUCUGAUAAUCCAGAUGAUGAUGAUAAACCUCUAUCCAUGUGGUUCGGGGGGAUGCAGCUUUCUGCGUACGUUGGUGAAUCAAGACCAUCCCCUGAUGCAAAUGUCAACCAGAAUAGUGAUAGAGUAGAACCAGUUGAGGUAGCUAGCAAAUCUCCUGCAGUUGAUGCGGUCAGUGGCAGCGGGCCACAUGAGAAGCAAGGGUUGCCUUUUGUUAAGAGCUCCCCUGUGUGGAAGACAAUUGAAACAUUGGAAGUAUUCAGGCUUUUCCCCCAAAAUCCUCAUUUCCGACCUCUGGUUGAAUGCAAAGAGGAAUACCGCGAGGGUUCAGCAAUUGGAAACAUGAUAACCUUUUCCAGUCUGGCGGAUAAAAUAUCCAGGCUGCAGUUCGACGACCAUCAAAGUGUUUUUGAUAGCAUUUUGGAGAGUCUUGUUGACUUGGAAAAUUAUGGAUUCAAUGUUACAAUUCUACGCGGGCGGGUGAAUGAUCUGCUCUCUGUUAAGGACAAGCAAGGGCGGUUUCAGGUCGAGUCAAGGGAUGCUGAACAGAAGAUCAUGGAGCAUUCUCGUGAGAAGACCAAAUUAGUCGAAGAGGCUGACUAUAUUGCGAAGAAGAUAAUUGAAUUGCAGGACAAACAUGCAUCAAUCAAGUCAGUAGUGGAGACCAAAGAUCAUGAGAUUGCUAGAUUGCGAAUGGCUUUGGAUGCCAUGAAUGAAGGCAUUCAGAGCGCUCGGAGUGAUUUUGAAAAGCUAGCUUUGGCUCCCAUGAAUUAGGCCGCGCACAGCGCACAACGCACAACGGGAGUGAUUAAACUUUGCUUCUCAGAUUAGGGAUGUAAUGCUUAGGUAUCGAUUCGGACAAUUGCUCUACUUGUAUUAGGGAUGUUGAGUUGCAUUGUGGAUUGUAUCGAUCAUUUAUAUUUUACAUGUUGCCUGGAUUCUCCGGGCGAAUAAAAACGCGGGUUUUAUUUUGCUUUUCGA